AUGCAACAUCAUCCACUCAAGAUCCCCGAAAUACUCGCCCUCGUUGGGUCUUUUAUCCACCUAUGGGCACACAACAACAACCCCUGCCGCCCAUCUAUCGCAUCAGCUCGUUUCGAGCCCAAAACUCUCGUCACCUGUCUCCGGGUCUCCAAGUCAUGGUACAAGACUCUUCUCCCGAUUCUUUGGUACGGCUACUGGACGUCUGACACAAUGGGGAGCAUACCAAGGGAGGUCAUCCGCCGACAUAGUCAUGUCUUGCGGGUUUUGUAUUUGGACCAGUGCCCGCCAAUUACUGUUGAGAUGACAUCUUUUGAAUGUACGAAUCUUGCUGAGCUGUCUGUGUAUGUGGGCGUCGAUGGAACUGAGGAUCGCCAGCGACCAAAGGCAGAAGGAGAGGCGGAAACGGCAGGGGCGAUUCAAGGAUCUGGGGAGGUGAUAGCGGCUGGAGAGGGCGAGGUGUCCUUACCUUACGAAAAACGACUUGUUCGAGCAAACCCAGGGAUCAGGAACCUCGAGUGGAAAGGAUUUGAAUGUCCUAACGAGGCCAAUACCGACGUCGUCUGUCCAGUUCUAGAUGUUGAGGAUUUUUUGAAACUUGAUGGUUUGGAAAGACUUUUGCUGGAUCAUUGGGAUUGUUCGAAGGGGCGGUUGGAGCAGGUGUUAGGGACUAUGGCUGGAACGUUGAAAGAGCUGGAGGUUGGUACGAACUAUGGCUUUCAAGCAGAGCAGCUCAAGGAGGGAGGUGAUUGUGGGUGGGUGUUGGACCGGCUGGAGUCGAUCAAGUGGUACUCCAGCGCGCCCGAUGAAGAUUACCUGUUUGAGCUGGUCAAGCGGUGUCCCAACCUCCGAAAACUCAGGUUGCAAGUCAACCACGACGGGUGGGACUUUUCUUGUCUAACCAGCCAUCUCCGGACCUGUUGUCCCAAAUUUGAUAAGCUGAGGCUCCACGCAACCAGGACGACACGGCACAUGGAUGCCUUGAUCCGCGACAGUUCCAGAUCGGGAUUCCGCAAACUCAACCUCACCUUCGUAGACAGCACAGACAUGGUGAUGGGUCUCAUCCUCGGCCAUGCGGCGACAGUGGAAGAAAUCUAUCUCUCUCCGCAUGGAGAUAGUGGAGACGCCAACAACUACCUCCGCCUGAUGGUCGAGUGCACGCGCCUUCGACGAUUGGUUUACAACCCACUCGGCGUAUGUUUCGCAAUUGGCUUCUUCCGCAUCUUGGAGCAGCAGCAGUGGGGGUGCCGUGAACUUGAGGAGAUCAGGAUUCAAAUUGGGGCUGGGAUGUCGUUCUCUGAGAAUCCACCCGCCGUCAUGGAGACUCUCUUACUGAUCCUUUGGUACGGGUACUGGAAUUCGGACGCAAUAAAACCCACCCCAGCGGACGCCAUCCGCAGGAAUAGUCAUCUCCUGAGGGCGUUGGAGCUGUACAAAUCGCCAAAGCUGAAAGUUGAUCCGGGGCCUUUUACCCUCAUCACCUGCCUCCAGGUCUCCAAGGUCUGGCACAAGACUCUCUUGCCAAUUCUAUGGGCAGGGUACUGGUCGUGGAUACCAGAGAUGCGGUACAUACCAGCAAGAACACUUCACCACAACAGUCAUCACCUCAAGAUGUUGUACCUGAAUCGAUUUACUACAGGAGACAUCGACUUGGCGCAAAUCAAUUGCACCAGCCUUGUCGCCCUUGAUAUCUACGUGGAGGGAACCAGGAAGGAAUCAGAGGGAGGAGGUGGAGGAAGAGAAGGGGUGAUGCCACUACUGCCCGUGAAGCGACUUCUCCGGUCGAACCAUCAGCUCAGGACCUUAGGCUGGAAUGGAAUUGAAACCCCUGCGCCUUUGCUGGAUGUCGAUGACUUUGUGGGGCUUGUAAGUCUCAAGAGCCUUACCGUGGACAAUUGGGAUGUCUCUAAUGGGCGGCUGGGAAUGGUCUUGAGGAAAGUUGCAGGAACGUUGAAGGAACUUGUGAUUGGGAGGAUGUACAAUGUCGAGCCGGUGUUCCUCAAUUGUGAAGACUUCAUGCUGGACCGACUUGAGUCGCUUGCAUGGCCGGACUUUGAACGUGGCGACGGCGAUAAGACUCUGUCAGAGUUGGUCAAACGGAGUCCCAGACUCAAGACGCUUGUGUCUUUUGCGAAGCACAGCGACAGAGGUCUACGACGACUGGCCGAAACCCUCGGAACCUCUUGCCCCGACUUUGAGUCCCUGGAGCUUCAUAAAUUCUUGCAGAUCCAGGAACUGGAGAUACUCAUUCGAUACCAUUCACCCGGUCGACCUCAACUUCGUAAGCUACACUUUGCAGUCCAGAGUCUCGAGGACGGUGGUCAUCGAGGCCUUGUUGCAGCGAUUCUCCGACACGCCUCGACACUGGAGGAUGUUUAUAUUUGCAGGAUCAACCAUGGCAAGGAUGCAUCUGUGUGUCUCCGCCUGUUGACCGAGUGUCCUAGACUGACACGCUUUGCAUUUUCCGCACGGCAUCCUCCUUUCGAUCUGGACUUCCUGGAGACAUUGAAACAACAGAAUCAACAGCGGCAGCAGGCGACAUGGGGGUGUCGAGAGACGUUACAAGAGUUGAGACUGGACCCUGGGUCCUUUUAUUUAAACCGACGACAGACGGAUGCAGAGAGACAGGAGAAAGCAGAGAUACUUUCUGAGAUGGGGUGGGAGAUUGUUGAUAAGGAUGAAGAGGAUGAUGAGCCGAUCGAUGGGGCUAGGAUGAAGGAAGCUCUUGAGUUGGUUUGCUUGCAGAUGUUGGAGGGGUUGCAGUUGUUGAUAUUGGACCAGAUCACGUUCCGGCGUGUUCCAUUGUAG